AGCAUUUAAAGAUGUGGUGCAGACUUGGACUGUCUCAGACAUCUGCAGCAGCUCAUUAUCAAAGCUUGAAGAUCAGCUUCAGAUCAGAAACCAUGAGGGCAUCUUCUUUGUGUCUGUUGUUCGGGCUGGUCCUGCUGAUGGCCCAGACUUCUGCUCAGUCUCAGGCUGCUGGUCCAAUUCCUGAGGAGUGUUGCUUCAAUUUUAUCGACUUUCAAAUUCCAACCGCUAAAAUUGUGAGUGCUCUGAAGACAGAAUCGCAUUGCCCUGUCCCUGGCAUUGUGGUUACGACACCUAGAACCAGAUUUUGUGUGGAUCCAGCAGAGGACUGGAUAAAGAGUUUUAUGGAGAAGAAAGCAGCUCAACAAAACAAAAAAUAAUACUGUUACUGCUUAAUACAUCUGUCCUUUCCUAAGAAAUGAAAUUUUGCAUCUCCUGAAACUGAAUGUUAAACUCUUUUCAUUGGUAACACUUUACAAUAAAGUUCAUUAGUUAACAUUAGUUAACUACUUUAGAUAACAUGAACUAAGAAUGAGCAAUACCUCUACAGCAUUUAUUAAUCUUAGUUGAUGUUAAUUUCAGCAUUUAUGGAACCUUUUUGUAAAGAAUUACCUUUUCAUUUAGCACUUAAUCUUUGCAAAUAAAUAUUAAAAUGCAAUGAGA